AUGACUCGUGACUAUUUUUCCAAUGGUUCAUCCUACUCUUCUUCUUCUACAAAAGGCGACCCAACAAUCAUCAUAAUCGUCGUUCUCGCCUGCAUUUGCUGUUGCAUAUUGUCCUCGGCUGGAAUCGGUGCAGGGAUCUACUUUUUCAUGAGGAGCCGGAAUAAGAACAAUCAAUACUCGAAUAAUGGAAUGCGGAACCCGCAACCUGUCGGUCAACCGAUCGGAGCACAAACUACAACUGAAGGAGCACAGAUGACCACCGGUGUACAACCAAUGAUUGUUUGA